GCUCCGAUUCCACUCGCUGCUUUCGUUUUCUUCUUCUUCUUCAAUGGAGUUUCGUUCGGUUAAACGGAUCCUUCUAACGUUAGCGGUUUCCGUCUUCUCCUUCGCGACACUCGUUACUGUUCUUCGCCUCGUCAACGGCUUUGGUUGUGGUGACUGUAAUGGUGCCGUAUCCGGAACCGGAACCGGAACUAGAACCGCCGUGUCGGUGUCUCUGAAAGUGGAGGAGGAAGGAGCCAACGUGCACCGCAAGCUUCUUAAUCAUCGUAGUAGUAAUGUGGCAGGCACAGGCACUGGAGUGGUGGAACCUAACAGAAUAUGGGGUGACAACAAGUGCAGCAAAUCAGAUAUAGUGAUAAGCCAAGGUCCCACGGCCCCACUACCGAGUGGGAUACCAACAUACACAGUUGAGAUAAUGAACAUGUGUGUCAGUGGCUGUGACAUCUCAAGGAUACACCUCACCUGUGGCUGGUUCAGCUCUGCAAGGCUCAUCAACCCCAAAGUCUUCAAGAGGCUUAGAUACAACGAUUGCCUUGUUAAUGAUGGAAGGCCUUUGCUCAAUGGUGCAACCAUUUCAUUCCAGUAUGCCAAUACCUUCCUUUAUCCUCUCUCUGUUUCUUCUGUGUCCUGUAUUUGAUGAAUUCUGUCAACAACCCUUUAUAUUGAUGAACGAUGACACAUCACUACCACCACCCACCAUAGGCACACUCAACUCCAUUUUGGAGUUGGUGAUUUGGUCAUGGUCUGAGAGAAUGGUUGACAUGAUCAUGUUUGGUGUUUUUUUGGUUGAUUUUGGGUUAUUGGGGGAGAAUAGGUCAUAUGGUGAACUGGGGUGGUUUGGAAUUUUUUUUGGAUGAAUUUUUUUGGACAUGUAUAUACACAAAUAUAGGUAAAUCAAUCAUCAUGGUAUAUUCCAAAUGUAUUUUUCACCUA